AUGGAUGCCUCUCCUCCACUGAAGCGGUCGUCAACGGACGCUGGGUUGGAUUCUCCAAAGGGAUCGAAUCGCUCGGAUUCACGUGCACCAGCACCAAAGAUAUCGAAAGCCCGCGCCUCGACCACGACACUGCAGCAAUUGCAGACUGCCGUUGGGCAAUUGUUGCGACAGGCGGGAUUGCCCGAUCUCUCAACAUUUACGACCGGUGAUGCCCGUAAUGGUCUUAGCCCAGCUGCCUCGCACCAUAGUCACCGGCCCUCGAUUGAUGCGUCACAUACGGCACAAACACAUACAAGUCAUCAUGAGGGACCGGGGGUAGUGAUGGACGUCACUCGGGAACACUCCCAAGAGCCUGACCUUCAAGAUCCGGAACUCGUUCCGGCACCGAUGCGCAGCUUAUACGAGGUCACCAAGUUGCGCAAUCUACGGAAUAAUCAUAUAGAGGCACCUAAGACGACGCUUUUAGAGGAGGAUUUUAUCUCAAGGGGCUUAAUCUCACUCCAUGAGGCGGAGGAACUUUUCGCCUACUUCAGUCGCACUAUGAACCAACUCCUUUGGGGUGGUAUCAUUCUCGUCCACCGUGAUUUGACGUCCGUUCGACGCGCAUCAACGCUUCUCUCCGCCGCUGUUCUGACGGUUGCAGCGCUUCAUAUUCCUAACCGGACUGACACAUUGAAUUUAUGCUAUCGCGAAUAUGUAUCUUUGGUAUCAAGCAUGGCCUUGACCCGAGCUCACACGCUUGACGAUAUUCGAGGUCUCUGUGUUGGAGCAUUCUGGUUGUCGGAGUUGAGCUGGAAGCUAUCAGGGCACGCAGUGCGCAUUGCAACCGAAAUGGGCUUGCAUCAGAGCUAUCAGCGCUUGAUUCGUGGGAAUACUGAUCAAUACGAGCGAGCCCAGUUGUGGUAUCUACUAUAUGUUUGCGACCACCAUUUUAGUAUCGCCUAUGGCCGACCGCCUGUUAUACAUGAAGAUGUGGCCAUUCGAAACUACGAGACAUUCCUUGAGUUACCGAUGGUUGCCCCGGGAGAUAUUCGUCUCUUAGCCCAAGUGGCUUUGUUCAUGAUCUUGACCGAAGCCUAUCGGACGUUCGGUAGCGACACGGAGCAAGCCGUGACGGAGGAGGAUUUUGGGCAGUUGAGGGUAUAUAACGUUGCGGUCGAUCAAUGGAGAUUGCUUUGGCAGCCUCGAUCAGGCGACAGCUCGUAUGUUCGAACGUAUCCAUCAAAGGGUGUGGUACUGCACUACCACUUUGCCAAAUUCCAACUCAACUCGCUGUCUUUGCGUGCCCUCUCCCCUUCCAAUACCCCGGUAUUCUCCAUGGAUCGCAAAGAGUCUGCCAACAUUGCCAUAUCAUCCGCGAUGGCCUGUCUGAAUAUGGUCCUCGAGGAGCCCGAUAUCCGCGACGCGAUCGUGGGGGUUCCCAUUUUCACGCACACGAUGGUGACAUUCUCUGCGGUUUUUCUACUCAAGGUCGCUAUUAACUGGAAUUCGGCAUACCUAAGCAUCAAUGCUCGACAAGUGCGGCGCUUGGUGGAGCGGGUGAUUGAGCUGAUGAAUUGCGUCUCGGCGGGCGAGCGACACUUGACACGGCACAUCGCACGAGGAUUGGGUAAGAUGCUCGAGCGUUUCGACUCUUGGGAGUCGGGUUGGCAAAUUGGAACGAAUAAUGGGUUGGUGGAUGGACAGGAUGUACCAGGGGGCGCCAAUGCGAUGGCGCAAGGAUUUCCACCACCAGACCUGAUCUACGACAUGGUCGGCACCUAUGGGUUCGGGCUCGACGAGAACCUGUUAGACCCGAGCAUGGCCAACUUCGAAUUCUUGGCACAGUAA